CAGGAGUUUCGGGCGCUACCACUUCCGGAGGGGAGGGGUUUCUAUCACCUGUAGCCUCCCUGCUGCUCUUCUCCCUGACCAGGAAGUGGCGCCUCCUUCUGCUUUCACAUGCAGCUUCUGCUUUUUUGUUUAUCGCAGUCAGUGUUUUCAGUGAAGGUGCGCACGUCCUCCCAGUAUGACUGACAGGAGGAACUACUAGAGGCCCCCGCUGCCGAGUCACCUGGCCAGGACACAAUAUGAGGAUGCGGUUAUUACAUUCCAUUUCCAUCCUGAUAUCAUAACCCAUUGUGUGGCACGUGGACAUGAACCCGCACCCUCGACGAAUUCGUCUUAAGCCAUGGUUGGUGGCACAGGUGGAUAGUGGAAAAUACCCAGGGUUACAUUGGGAAGAUCAGGACCACAAGCUGUUCCGUAUCCCCUGGCGUCAUGCGACUCGCCACAUACCAACACACGAUGAUGAAAACACCAUAUUUAAGGCCUGGGCCGUGGAAACUGGAAAAUACCAAGAGGGCAAGGAUGAGCCGGACCCUGCAAAAUGGAAGGCAAAUCUGCGCUGUGCUCUGAACAAAAGCAGAGAGUUCAAACUUCUGUAUGAUGGCACCAAAGAAACUCCCAUGCAACCGUUCAAGAUCUACCAGCUAUGUGAUCUCCCCGGACAAAGUGAAGAGCCCUUGGCGGAUGACAAUGGAUGUGAUGAAGAGGAAGAGAUUGAUCGCAUGUUCCCAAUGCUGGACAUUGGUGAUCCACUGCCGCCUUACAUCUGGCCUAAAUCUGAGCCCACUUUUAGUUCAUGUGGAAACCUCUUACAGCAUAACCUGACCUCAACAGAAGCUGCUGUAAAACCAACUGCCCCCGGAGGGUACCCUGGUGUGGAAUUAUCUCCCCAAGGCAUGGUGCCACAACCAGUAGUUCUUCCCCCUCCAGAACUAGUUCUUGCAGAGAGUAUGGAACCAGCUCAAGAUCCUGCACUUCCUAUACAAGGCGUGAUGACAGCCCCCAUUGAACAAGGCAUACCUGAGUUACUUAUUAGUCCACAAAUGCUGCCAUUGACUGACUUGGAAAUAAAGUUCCUAUACAGAGGGAAGCAAGCAGGAGCGAUGACUGUUAGUAACCCGCAUGGCUGCCGCCUUUUUUACAGUAACCUUGAGCCAACACCAGAGCAAGUGGAACUGUUUGGUCCUACUACUCUGGAACAAGUUCGGUUUCCUGGAACAGAUGAAAUUAGCAACGAGAAACAGAAGUUCUACACUAACCAUCUUCUGGAUGUUAUGGACCGAGGGCUUAUCCUUACCCUGCAAGGGCAGGAUAUCUAUGCCAUCCGUUUGUGCCAGUGCAAAGUGUUCUGGUCUGGACCAUGUGCAAACAACCUAGGUGGACCCAACCCUAUAGAAAGAGAGAAAAGAAUCAAAGUUUUCAGCCUAGAGACCUUUUUAAAUGAGCUCAUUGCGUGCCAGAAAGGACAGACCAAUGCACUGCCUCCAUAUGAGAUCUUUUUCUGCUUUGGGGAGGAAUGGCCAGAUCGAAAACCUAAGGAGAAAAAGCUCAUCACUGUGCAGGUUAUUCCUGUAGCUGCCCGUUUACUAUCUGAAAUCUUCACAGGAGAAUCCUCCUGGUCUGCAGAUAGUAUAAAGCUCCAGAUCUCACAUCCAGACCUUAAGGAUAAGAUGGUGGAGCAAUUUAAGGAACUUCACCAGCUGUGGCAAAGCCAGCAGGCCCAAGCUAUGGGCCCAGAUGGAGGAGGAGUUAAUGCCGGAGCAAAUUUAGGCUCUGGGCCCUGGCCUAUGCAUACAUGAAACAUGCGGUAACAAGACAUGUAGAAUGUGGUUUGUGAACCUGUAUUUGGCUCAGCUACGGAGAAAACUGUUACUGAGCCAGAGCAUUCCAGUGAAAUACUCUUCAUCUACCAUAGAAGAAAAAAGCACUGAGAGGUUUAUGUGCUCAAGUCAUGUAGUUGCCUGGGAUGGUAAAAGAGAAUGAUCUAAGCUUGCUUCCAUUGCAGAACAUCUCAGGAAUAGUGUCUCCUAAUUCUUUGAGGGAAAGAUUGUUCGUGAAUUUCUCUAGCGCAAUCAACCAGUGCUCGCGGUUUGUUGUCCAUCCUCCAUGAUGUUUAUGAAGAAAUGGCAGCAGUGAUCUACUUCACCCUGAUGGCAAAAUAUUGUAAUUUAGUACUAUGCAUAUCAGUGGUCAUACUUCGUGCUCCAUUCUAAAAUCAGUGGAAAAUAGAAGAGGAACAGAAUAUAUUUGGAAAUAAUUUCCAGUUCUGCUUCUUGCCUGCUGCCUUCUGCUGAGAACGUUCUACACAGCUAAAGGACAAAUAUCAAGUUACUGCAGAGAAACUAGGAGUUUUCAAUUAUUAUUAUUAUUAUUUUUUUAACAGUAAGAAUCCACACUUAAGGUACAAUAAUAAGCAAUUUAGAUUAAAGAUGAUCCAUCAUGUGGAUGCAAGCAAAAUAAAGGGGUUGCCAGGGGAAAACGUAGACAAUCUUAUCCAUGAGCUUUUCUGGUGUUGCAGUUCAACCCCAUUCACUUGCGUGUGGGUUACCGAUCACGGCUCAAGGGAAAUUGUGCUUGCUUGAAUUCCACAACCCCAUCUCACACUGGGGGAACAAGACCACCACUGAUCUAAAGUGAAUAGCCUAUCCUAAGGAUAGGCCAUCAGUCCCAUAUUACUGCUUUAAUGAUUUUAUCAUGCAUUGUUUUAAGAGAAUAUGCUCAAUUGCAAAAAUCUGCACAGAACUCCCAAUUUUUUAUUUUAUUUUUAGAAAUAAUCAGUUACUGCACCUGAUUUUAACAUUUACACUUUGGACCUGCAUUUUAUAUUUCUUUUAAAUAAGAUUCUCCUGAUGCUAGAGCUACACAUAGAGUGCCAAUAUGCAUCUAUGGAUGAGUACUUAGUGGAGACCAUUGUUAAAACAGCUUUGUGCAGUCAAUUUCUUGACUGAGUCUUCUGUACACUUUAUAUGCAAAAAUAAAAUAAAUUUGCAAAGAUG